CACCACCGGGCCACCGACGCCGCCACCGGGCCACCACCCGGCCACCACUGCCACCGGGCCACCACCGCCAGCAUGCCGGGCGAGGCGGCAGCCGCGCUGGCCAUGGGUGUGCUGCUCGCUGCCUGCCAUGCGCUGGAGAACACAACACAGAGCUCCACGGGCCCGCCGGUGGCAGCAGCCGUGAGGUCCCACUUCAACGACUGCCCCGACUCCCACCGACAGUUCUGCUUCCAUGGCACCUGCAGAUUCCUGGUGCAGGAGGAGAAACCAGCGUGUGUCUGCCACUCGGGGUACGUGGGGACCCGCUGUGAGCACGCUGACCUGCUGGCCGUGGUGGCUGCCAACCAGAAGAAGCAAACCAUCACCGCCCUGCUCGUGGUCUCCGUGGUGGCCUCGGCGCUGCUCAUCGGCGCCUGCGUGCUCAUACACUGCUGCCGCUUGCGGACGCGGUGCCGGUGGUGCCGGGCGCCGGAGGGACCAGAGAAACCAGGGGGGCUGCUGAAAGGGGGGACCUCCUGCUGCCACCCCCACACGGGGAAGGGGACUGGGAGGACACCCACACCCCCCGGGGUGUAACCACCCUCCCCAGCCCCCUCCCACGGGGGUCUGAGAGAGGUGGGGGUGUGGGGAGGGUCCCACCACCUCCACCCCCCCACCCAGGACCAGCGCUGUGUCUCUGCUCUGCUUUGGGGCUUGGUUUGGGUUUGGGUUCAGUUUCCUUUAGGGCUUCUUUUUGGUUUGGUU